UUGGUCGGAUUAAUAAAAGAGAUUAAAAUAAUGUCAAAUUGAACCAAAAAUUAAAUCAAACUUAUGCCAUCUGGAAUGCUCGAGAAUAUAAAUCACUUUUUGAGACUGAACAAAAAUAACAAUUUGGACCAUCAUAAUUUUGAUUGGCGAAAGUUUAGAGGGCUGUGCACAAGUGUGUUUGCAAAUUAGCCUGAGUUUUUCAAUAAUACGCAAAUUAUUUAGAAGCACAAAGUCAUUGCAGUCGCUCUUCUUCGAGAAAUCACUCUAGAAGUUUUGGACCCCCUCAUUUAGCCCUUGUUUUUUGCAUUCUGUUUUUAUCGAAUCUUGUUUGCGACUUCAAUAGAAGACAGUUAAUAUUAUGGACUUCGUGAGAAAGGACACAUUUAUGUCUUUGGAAGAUUUGGCCAUAAAUUUGGACGAUAUUGUCAACUCGAACUAUUCCUUCUCGUCAACUGAAGAAGUUUACUUUGAAGACGAUGAAGACUUGCUAGAUGACGAUGACGUCACUUUGGAACACAUAAUCGAAGAGGAGAGAAGAAAACACGAGAGGGAAAAGGAAAAAGUUAAAACAGAUCAUGCCAGUCAUCUGGAUGGGAAAACGAGACCGACUGCUUUGCCCAGAAUAAAUGAAGUUUCAGAGAAACUGUCAAUGAUUGAAGAUAUCGACCAACAGAGCCAGAGUCUCAAUUCGGCAACUGAUUGUGAUAAACAGAAGUCAGCGUGCGUGAAAUGCAAUCCUAAAAUGGAAUUUCUUCACGUUCCCACCAAACUCUCGACAGAUGUGAGCAACGAUGUGCUCCUAUUGGCUGAAAAAGGACAGCAGAUGAUUGGAUGGAUGGAGGAAGCAGAGACUAAAAUUAGAAACUCCACGGGAAAUCAAGAGCUGAAGACUAUGGAACACGAGUUAAACAAGAAAGCGGUUCAAAUUGAGACUCUACGGCGACUGGCAGCCUCACUCAGUGUCUCAAUCGGGAGCCAAUCAGAAUUCAGGACUGAGCAAAAAUCCAUAGUGCACGUGAUCAAACACAUUGGUCACAUGUGGAGACAAGUCAACGAACUGCUUCUGACGAGAGAAAAAACAACAACAUCUGAUGGUUCUGCAGAAGAUAAAGUACUAGAAAUAAAAGAGGAGCAAAAUCAAGAGGGCCGGCAAAUAACUGAGAAUCACAAUUCAACGCAUUCUUCAGACAGUGGUAACAAACCGACCGAAACGGACAAAAGUUGUACAAAAUUUUCAAAAACCGACUUGAGUUUAGAAUUUGAAAAAUUACGUGACUUCGCAUCUAUGUACAAACACAAUCGGCCCUUAUCUAAACCUGUUCCAGUUCAAUAUUGCUCCAAACACUGGCAUGACUACCUCGUCUCGGCUCGACCGGUUUCGGCAAUGAGCAGUUCGUUCCUGAACCCGAGAACCACAAGCCUCUCCCAACGAGCAGCUUCGUCGCUCGGAGUUCCGAUGAGAUCCAGAAGUCUUUACUCUCCGUCUAUAUCGCGCCAGUCUAGAUCUCGGACUCCGACAGGCUCGCGGGUCUCCAGACAUUCUACCAGCGCCUCACGGAACUACCGUUCUGUUUCCCGCUCAUACUCCCGAAGAUCAAUUAGCCCGACCUCGUCAAUCGGGAACCGAAACGACUCGGACGACGAAAUUGACGCGCUCCUGAAAGAAGUUCGCAACUUGAAGGUCCCCCCACCUCCCCCACCUCCAGUUAACAUUAACCAUCUUCCUAAUCACUGGGCAGGCUACAAUUUACCCUGUCUAUUCCAGUGUCAAAAAUGUGGCAACUCGCAACCGCUUUACUUUCCAGACCGAGGUCUGCCCUAUAUCCCUUUCUUUACUGGCUAUCAAAUCAAAAACGGAUCCAAACUUCCGCCCGAAAGUCAUAGGUCAAGGUCUGCAGAAAAACAAAGUCCGAAAUCAGAUACUGAGUUCGGCAAACUGAAUGGACUGAAAGUUACGACGAAUCCACUUGAAUCAGAAAUUCCACAGCGCUCAACAAAUUCGCUGCCCAGAACUCAAAUUGGAACCAAUAAGUUCAAUGAUUCUUUGGCUUCGAUUCCUAAUUUGACUUCUGAGUCAAUUCCUCCGGGUUCACAAAUUUUUGUUGUUCCUCCAGGUGGUCAAAAUUUCUUACCGCCCGGAUGGGUAGUUCCAGGAGCUACCCUCGCAACGCCUAUGAAUGGAAAACAGUUCCCCAGGAACCAGACGCCAAUAGACGUAUUACAAAUAAUGGAAAAAUAUCCACCGCCCAGCGAUGCGACUGAACAGCCUUCACGGGAACAACUAGUCGAAGAUGCUUUAAAUAGAUUCGAGGCGAAAAAGAGACAGAAAAUGAAAGACGAUUAUUUGAAGUCCCUUAAAGCCAAGCGUGAUCAACCAGCGCCAAAAUCUGAUCUCAGAAUCAAAACUUUAUUAGUUGACGAUCCAAAUGAUUCUAGAAAGACUGGAAGGAACCCAAAAGAGUCUCAAACUCGUUCAGGAAACAAAACAGGAGACAAAAAUAUUGGAUUCGCGCCGUCGGUGAGAAACAAAAAGUCGAAAUAUCCAACUACUUGUGAUGACGAGGAUGAAAUUAUGACAGAAAUGACGGACGGUAAAGCCCUUGAGUCGGGAAACCCGAGCUCACUUUUUAACGGGCCGGAUUCUUUGGAUCAAUGGGGCGCGCCUAACCCAACCACACUGAGAGAACUCGAACUAGCAGCAACAGUUGCUGCUAAAUGGUGGGAGAAAACACAGAAUCGUCUUGAAAAACAGAAAAAAGCUAGAGAAGCAGAUAAACAAAGACAAACGACCAGCUCAAGUCGAUCGCGAUCGCCAGCUAAGAAGUCAAAUUUAGACUCUUUGCUAAUGCGCACUCCUAAGAGUAGCUUGAAAAGCUCGGCAAGAAAAGAUCCCAAACUGUUUUCAGACGACGAAUGUGUUGCUGAGUUCCCAAAUCAACAAAAACUACAAUCUGCCGCGAAUGAGAUACCGUUUUUCGAUUCGCCAGUCAAUUCAAAAGCGAACAGACCGACGUUCAAGAAUCCAAUAGCGACAGAUUUGGGUCCAAGGGUAACUUCAAACAGUAGAUCCAGAACACCAGUAGGGAGAACCAAUCUUUCAUCUUUGGCUUCUGAGACUCCUUCUAGGUACGGGUCUUCGCCAAGUCCUGCUAGAAGAUAUCCUAGUUCUUCAUUCAACCAACCAAAGGACGAUUAUUCAACAAAUCCGGAAACUAAAAAGCCGCAACGACCAAGAGUAAUUCCUACAACACCACGCGAUACAGUUACUAGGUAUGAUCAUAAACUGGACAAAGACAGUGACCCUGAUAGUUUUCGAAGUGACUUUUCUCCAAAUAUAAGACGACCAACAAACCUUCCAUCGACUAACGGAGUUUCAAGGCCAGCAAGAGACUCUCGUAAAUCGCCAGAGGCCACGAAGCCGAGAACACCUACGAUCGGAUACCGAGGAGUCCCGAAUACAACCGAGCCAAAACAGACUGCCAAAAGUCCGAUCCGCAAACCUGUGCGACCACUGGUCCGAGAGCCAGACGACGAAAUUGACGAAGAUGAUAUUUUUCUCUCCAAAAAUUUUAGUAAACCCGGCCUUCAAUCAGCUCCCCCCUCUGGCGUGAAGUCACGUGACACUCCGAAUUUUGGGAAGAAGAGAGGAAGUGAUGUGGAUUCACUUCCUCUGUCGAGUUUCAGUAGUAAUUCCGGAGGCCAGGAUUUUAUGAGUCCGUCUGUUUCUGGAGAUCAAACUCAGUUAGUACCAUAUGGAUACCCUGGAUACGGGAACUCAGAUGACUACAUAGAUCCGAGACAGCAACAGCAGCAGGGACCGCCCGGCGGAAUGGUGAACUUCGGCAAUGUGAACAUGUACAUUCUGCAGGGAGACGAACAGACGAGACACGCGGCAUUCGACCAGGCAGACCGAAGAGUCACUGCAGCGUCAGUUAGUCCGCGGUCAAGGUCAUCUAACUCAAACGACAACAACGCCUCUGAAUUCAAGAUAAAAGCAUUUCACCAAUGAACAAAACCACACGUCAGCAAAAAAACUACCAAAAAUACCAACAAUUAAAAUUAACAUUGUUGCUUAGUGCUUAUCCAGCUAAACGACUACACAAAUACAAACGACUACAACGAGCAGUUGUCUGAGAUGGGAAGUAUUUUUCAUGAUCCUCGAUGAUUCAUCAAGCCUUAUCUGCUCAAAUCUUUAUGCCUAUAAUUCGAGAAAAGUUUACUUCUUUUGUUUUCUCUAAUUUUUUGCUGCUCAUCAGAAUAAACAACUGAUUGGCAAAAAAAUUAAAUUAACAUCAUAAUCUCAUUUAUUUUCACAUCGAAUUCAAAUUGCAAAAAUA